UAAGGAGAGGGAGAUUCUGGAGGAAUAGAAAGAUAGGAGCAAAGCAUUCCUAAGCCUUCUGAAGUAUUAGCUUUUAAGGCUCUCUAAGGCCCCAUCGGCUUUAUCGACUUUAUAGACCAAGACAAAUCAAAACUUCAAGAUGAAAUACAUCAUUGGUAUUGGCGGUGUGACCAACGGAGGCAAAACCACGUUGACGAAUGUACUGCUGAAAACAUUGCCUAAUUGCUGUGUAAUACACCAAGACGACUUCUUCAAGCCCCAAGAUCAAAUAGAGGUCGGGGAAGACGGCUUUAGGCAAUGGGAUGUCAUCUCAGCCUUGGAUAUGGAGGCAAUGGUUAACACGGUGAAAGGCUGGCAGGAGAAUCCGGUGAAGUUUGCCCGCUCCCACGGUGUGACAGUGUCACCUUUAUCUGAGGACCCUGAGAGGGACACGCACAUUCUCCUCGUCGAGGGCUUCCUAAUCUACAACUACAAGCCCUUGGCUGAGAUCUACGACAAGUGCUACUACAUUUCCAUUCCAUACGAGGAGUGCAAGAGGAGAAGAAGUUCAAGGACAUACACAGUCCCUGACCCACCUGGCCUGUUUGACGGCCAUGUUUGGCCCAUGUACUUGAGACACAGGAAGGAGAUGGACAACAACUGCAAUGCUAUUGUAUAUCUGGAUGGCUUGAAAUCGAAAGAUGAGAUCUACAGCCAGGUGUUUGGAAACAUUCAGAACAGCUUGUUGAAUAGCUAAUAGUGGGACCAUGGGCCGAAGACUUUGUGUAUAGAAUUGUAAAUAUCAUACUUCAGUUAACAAAACAUAGCUUCUAAAUCUAAUUGAACCUCCUUGUAUAUACUACAACGAAAGAUAACUUAUUCACUGUAACUAAAGACAGAAGCUAGGGAUUUUGUAUUGUUACAUAUUGUGAACGUCUUUUUUAACUGACUUACCUCAGGCUUUGCCAAAUACUGUACUGUAGCUGGCUUGAAGGCUGACAUUUUUUUGUUUUCACAUAAACAUAAACGUAAACCUUUGCUUGGAGGAUUGUUGUCCCCCCACAAAGAGACGUUUGAAUCAAUGAA